AUGCUUGAUUCUGCAUUAUUUUAUUGUAAAGCAUUUGAGAACCUUGGACUAGUGGAUGAUAACUUUAAAACUUGUCCUAGUUCUGAACAAUGGUUGAAGAUUGAGAAAUUAACGAGUUUUUUAUAUCCCUUCUAUGCAAUUACUGUUUUGCUUUCUGGUUCCAAGUAUCCCACAGUAAAUUUAUAUUUUGAAAAUGUUUGGGAGAUUCACAAAAGUUUAUUAGAAGAGGUAUCACGUGGGCUCAACUUUAUGAAGCCAAUGGCAGUGAAAAUGAAGAAAAAAUUUGACAAAUAUUUGAGUGAAUAUAGUCCAAUUUUGGCCAUUGCUUUGGUGUUUGAUCCUCGAUAUAAACUUAGUUUUGUGACUUGGGCAUUUUCUAAGCUUUGCAACCUGGACUUAAAUGCAUCUACAAUGUGCAACAAUGUGAGGAAUUCUUUAUAUCAAUUGUUUGAUGAGUACAAGAGUAUGCAACCAAGUGAUUAUGAUGUUCCUACACUUACCCAUCGUUCUAGGAGAUCUAGAACAAGAUUUGAAUUUAUGGUAUCCGAGCUUGCUGAGAUGGAUAAUGGAAAUAAAUCUCAAUUGGAUAUAUAUCUAGAUGAACCCAAUGUCCCAUUCAAUGAUAAUGAAUAUGAUGAGUAUGAUGUGUUGGCAUUCUGGAAAGCAAAUGGGUCAAGGUAUCCAGAUGUGGCUCGAAUGGCUCGUGAUGUCUUGGCUAUACCAGUUUCCACAGUUGCUUCAGAGUCGGCUUUUAGCGCAGGGGGCCGUGUUAUUGAUAAAUAUCGGAGCAAACUCCUACCUACCAAUGCUAAAGCAUUAAUAUGCCUUCGGGAUUGGAUGUUUGAUAUAGACUUCAGAGCUGAGCCUUUUGAUGAUCCCACUGAUGUGGAUAAUGCACUUGGAAAUAUACUGGAACUAUUGCACAUUGAAAAGGAGAGAGGUGCAGUGUUGAGAAAGCUUGUGGAUGAUGCAUCAAAGUUUUUGAAUGACAAAAUCACCAAAGUUGUGGUAACAGUGCCAUCAUACUUCAAUGAUUCCCAAAGCUAUGGUAAAGAAACUUGUCAAUGUACUAUCAUCUCUAGCAGAGGUAUGGAAGCCAUCAAAUCCAGACUCAGAGGACAUCUAUGGCAUCCAGAUGCAGUAUCAAGGCACUAG